CACGUUUUAUAGGUUAAAGUUUUAAAAAGAUCAAGGAAUCUAGUGGGCCGACUUGGACUCAAAUUUAAACAGAAAAGCUUAUUGUGAGUUACAUAAGCUGCCCAAUUGUCCCAACUAGGGCUACAAAUAAAUAAUUGGGUAGCUCGAAGCUCGUAUUUGGCCGAUGAUCACCUCAAAGGCUGAAACUCAAACCAAUGUGAAGCAUUGGGAAUUUUCCGGCUGCUUCUUCAUGGACGGCGGCAUAGAAGACAUCUUUGCGUCUUCUUUGAACUUGGAGGAGACCCAUUUCAAAGAGGGUUACGGCGAGGGCCACGCGGACGGCCUAAUCGCCGGCAAGGAAGAGGGCCGGCAAGUGGGCCUCAAGACCGGGUUCGAGGUCGGCGAAGAAUUGGGCUUCUACAGAGGCUGCGUGGGCAUCUGGAGCUCUGCGGUUCGGGUCGACCCGGAUUUCGUCUCGGCCCGAAUUCAGCGGAUGAUUAAGCAGAUGGAUGAGCUGCUCGAGAAGUACCCCAUUUUGGAGCCGGAAAACGAGACAGUCUCGGAUAUGAUGGACUCCCUGAGGCUCAAAUUUAGGGCUGUUUGCGCCAGUAUGAAUGUGAAAUUGGAUUACGAUGGCUACCCGAAAGCUUCUCAUGCAGGUGAUAUUGAGUUUUGAUUGUUGAUUGGCAUAAUUUUUUUUAUUUAUGGAAGUUUGGGUUCUUAUGUAUGUGAUUGUUGUUGAGCAUAAGGUGUUUGAUGUUUGUCCUGAGAGAGGUGUUCUGUCUUAUGUUGGUGAUUGUGAUUAGAUCAUUAAUGAUGGAUGUUAUUUUUGGCUAUUAUUGAUGACCAAAAGAAAGCUCCUUUAUUACAGUUAGAGGCCAUUAUGAAUUGGUAUUAUGAAUUUGAAUCAUUUAAGGGUGGGAAAUUUCGAGUGAGUUGUAUUUUAUCACUCUGUUUGAUUCUCUGUUUUUGCUGAAUAUGUGAAUCUAAUGGGAUUGCUUUCACUUAAAGCUCAAC